GUGUGUGUGUGUGUGUGUGUGUGUGUCUGGCUGCAGAGUUUGGGUCAGGUGCGUGUGGCCGCGGUUCUGCAGUGCGGGGUGUAUUGAGCCUCACCCUCGGCCGCUCCGUCAGUGUGUGUGUGACCCCGCCGUGCACCUCCUCCUCCUUAUCCACCUCCUCUUCCUACUCCUCCUGGCCCUCGUCUUCUCAUCCUUAUUGUCCGUGCACCUCAUACUACAACUCUUCUUGUUCAUUGUCCUCUCUAUAGUUCUACUCUUUGUCUUUAUCCUCCUCCUCUUCUUUUUCCUUCUUCGUGGUCCUCCUUUGUAUUCUUUUGUAUUCCUCUGCAUUCUCCUUGACCUCAUCUACUUCCUCCUAUUCCUGCUCAUUUUCGCCUUCGCCCCUCGUCCGCAUCCUCCGUGAACCUCCUCUUCCUCCUCUAGUUUUUCCUAUUCAUUAUUCUUUCUAUCCUCCUCCUCCUUCUCCUCCUCCUCUUCGUCCUCCUUUUUUUUCUCUUUCUGUCCACAUCUUCUGUACACCACUUCCUCACUCUUUUUGUACCUCUUCCUCAUCGUCACCCUCUUUCUCCUCCUCCUCCUCCUCCUCCUCCUCCUCCUCCUCCUCCUCCUCCUUCUCCUUCUCCUCCUCUUCCUUCUUAUCUUCAUCAUCCUUGCAUUUUCUCGUCAAUCUUCCUAUACGUCUUCUUCACUCACAUCUUCCUCAUUGUCUUUCUCCUCCUCCUCCACCUCCUCCUCCUCCUUCUCUCACUGCACAUUAGUCUAAUCACCACAUACACUCUCAUAAGGACAAACAGAUCUGUUGCUGGUUGUUCUUCCCUUGUGUUCCUUUGCAUACGUUUCUGACCUCCUCCUCCUCAUCCUCCUUCUCCGUCUCCUCGUCCUCCUCCUCCCACAGUGAACACAAACACAAAGCCAUGCAGGAAACGUGAACAUCAAAGCCUCGUGGGAAUACAGUGGGUUCUGAGCUCCAAUAGUAACACAUAUCUCGCGCCGUCGCCGUGAGAUCAAUGCUGCCUCCCAAGGGUGUGACGGCGGCGCCAGGUGGGGAAUGUUACGGGACCGCGGCGUGCCAGCAGGAUUCGAGACCGCCGCGCUGGGUGCCAAGGCUGCCCGACUCCAUGGUGCUCUGGCCCAGGAAGAGACUCGGGAGGACUAGAGGGAUGAGGGAGAGACAGCACCUGAAGGCCAUGGUGGUGGUGACGGCAGCAGCGAUUGUGGUGAUGAUGAUGAUGAUGGCAGGGAUGUCCUCUCCGCCCAUGUCGAUGCUUCUAGCCCGUCUUAAUGAAUCGUCCUCGUUUCCGGUGGUGAGCGGCGGCGUGGUGAGGUUGUGGCCGAAAGACGAAAACUGCUCCUGGGCUGAGGUGCGGUUUAGCGCUGGCCUGGCGGGUUCCUGGCUGCUCUCCUUCCCUCGCUCCGGCAACACCUGGACGCGCUACCUGCUGGAGGCCGCUACGGGGGUCUUCACUUCCUCCGUGUACAACUCAUCCCGCCUACGUGAACUGGGGUUCCUAGGAGAGGGCGUGUCUGCAAGGCGCGGCACCACCCUCGCCACAAAGACUCACUCCCUGCAGCCCCUCGCCAGACACCCGGACUACCCCGUGGUGGCCAUCGUCAGGAACCCCGCCAAAGCAAUCCUGAGCUACUGGCACUACAUCAAGAGCCGCUGGUCACCGGACAGAUUCAUCGCCUCCGCCAGUCAGGGCACCUACAGGACACGCGGCUUCCACAAAUUCGUGAGGGAGAAACUGGCAAAAUGGCGCAGGACUUACGUAGUGGCUAUUACCAACUCCACGCGGAUUCAUCUCCUCCACUAUGAGUUGCUGAGAGAGGCGCCCCUGCCACGCUUACAGGAGCUGCUCGCCUUCCUGGGCUACGGCAGUACGGACAGCCGUCUGGCCUGCCUGCAGCAUCACCUGGAUGGCGCAACUCUCGGGGCGCAAAGGCAAGACCUCCCCUACUCAUCGAGGGAGGUGAGGGCGAUGCAGGCAGCGACGCAGGUGGUGGACAAGCUGGCCAGGACGCGGGGUCUGCCGGGUCUCCCAGACUACACCCGCUUCCCUAACUAAGGAUUAUAGGCGGCGGAGGCGUGUUGGGGCGUGCCUUGGGAAUCGAGAUCCAGCGCCCAGCCAGCACCGUCGCCAGAAGGAGAGUCAUGGUGCGGGGACGUGUGUGUUGACGCAAGGAGUUUGUUAGGCUGGGAGAGAAAGAAGAUCUGUAGCAGCAGUUCCUGGUCUGAGGGGUAGAGCAGGACUCGCUUGCCGGAGGUGAGAACAGUGAGACAUCGUUCGCCCUGAGUGACUGAGCCCUCUUGCGUAAGUCCCCACCGCUGCCCCGCCCCCUCGCCCGACGUACACUCCUGCACCGUCACCGUCGCCGACGCCGCCUCGCCCCCGCUGUGCCCCGCCUGCUUGUCCCCCUGGUGUGGUCUCUUCUGCGCCUUCUGCAAGUAUUGAGGCCAGGGUCGUACUUGCCCAGGUCCUCCCACCACUCCCGCGCGAUGAGGAACAGGCCCCCGGCGACCACUGGCGAUCUGAGGAACGACCACCAGAACAGGAAGGUCGUGGGGAGGACAAUGAUGCAAGAGUGUCGAGGAGAGGCGUGGCCCAGCCCUGGUUGACCUCGCAGUGGGAAUCCAGGAAGAAUAUUGCCUCCCCCUUUGAAGAAUCAGCUCCCCUCACUCUCGACCGCGCCAGUCCUGCGAGCACACAAUUUAAGCGUUUAUUAAAAAAAAAAAAAACAUACGGAGAUACAAGAAAAACAGGAAGAGGGGUACAAAGCAAGGAAAAGUCAGAAAAAAAAGUAGGAGCAAGCAAACAACCUCUUGUCAGCCGGGCGGUGUAAUAAGGUCCAGGUACUCGGUCUUAGUCACGCCCCCCGCGGUCCACCUUUGAGGGUCGGCACGUAACCUUCCCUUGUUUGGUAGAAAUUACUGAAUGAUCUUAUCGGUUAAAGUGAGGUGGGUGGAAUAUCUCUUUUUGGAAUGGUCAUGUGGUUGUUAUUCUCGUUUGGUAUUCUUGUUUGUUUCUCUCUCUCUCUCUCUCUCUCUCUCUCUCUCUCUCUCUCUCUCUCUCUCUCUCUCUCUCUCUCUCUGACCGAAACAGUAUUAUAAUAUUAUCUUACUUUUUCACGUGGCAGUCCCUGUGUUAAGCAUUUAUUCCAGUACCCCAUCUAUCAUCUCUAUUCAUAAAUUUCUGUAACUGGUUUUAAAUAUCUUUAUUGACUCGGCACUAACAACCUGAUCACUGAGUCUGUUCCAGUCGUCUACCACUCUGUAUGAGAACCAGUUUUUCCGUAUCUCCUUAUUUAACUUUAUUAAACUUGAACUUGUUACUUCC